ACCAAAGAGACUGUUACUAUAUCACUUGCUUCGGGGCAAGCCUUACGCUAGCAACCCCAGCUCCGGCAUGGUCUGGGGUCUUUGUGCCAUAUUGGCCCAUUGUGAACAUAUUGUAUUGUAUAAGAUAUUGGUGCUAAGCGUUUUAUGUCACUAUGCCAGAGCUUGCCCUGAAUCAUGCGAUGCAAGAACAGUGUCUUAGGUCUGGAGAUAAACAAAGUUAAAAUGUGCCAUUAAGCAUUCUGAGCAAGUCAGUGUACCAGAUGUUUUUCAAAUUUAAAUCCCAAAGGGUAUAGGUCACUCGCAAUGGCUUAUUGGAUUACACAUACAUGUAAGACAUCAAAAUUGAUGUUUUUGGAGUUAAAAUAUGCCUGAUUUCCUUUUUGGAGACGUUGGAAAGCAGGGAAGCAAAAUUGACUUGUGUACUGUAUUUCCCCACCAAGAAACUAUACCAUGGAUAUGGCUUCUUAGGCUAAUCUUAGCAAUGGAUAUCCCAUAAUAAAACCAGGACUGCUAUUUGAAUUGACCUCUAUCAAUGUGACUGUCGUAGGUGGGUGCUGGUUGCCUGAGUUGCUGGCUCCAAGCUCCAACAGAAUAUUCGGUGAUUUGUUGGAAAAUACUUCUUGGCUUUAAUAAAGCAGUCAGAGAAAAGUUUGCAAACAAAAGUCAAAAUAUUAAAUUCCCCUUUAAUUCUCAACAUCAAAGUUGACGUUUAGCAGUCUCAGUUGUAUAGUAGCUUUGAUUUGUGACCCUAUUUUUAAAUUUGGAAAGGGGAGGGUUGUUUUUUUAGUGGUGAUUUUGUUGUUUUUAUUUUCAAACUUAUGCCGGGGAGUACUGGAAGAAUUGUAUUGGAAUAUGAUCUAGCAAAAUGGGAUUCUUUUUUCAUUUGUAUCUAAAUAAUACCCAGAAUGAGCUGUUUUUCGUACAAAUGCACUGUGCUGAAUAUUUCAUUUGGAAUGUCUAAUUUACUUAUUGUAGACGGCCAGCACCAAAAGCAAAAUUUCAGGAUUUGAAUGUAAAAUGUUUUCAUUAGAGUUAGCCAAAAUUUUUUUUUUGACUAAUAGCAGCUUUGAAUCACUGCAAGAAUGUUUACGUAAAUUGGAGUGCCUCAAGUGCCUGUAAUUUGCAUAAUCAUUUGGAUAUUUUGUAAAUGGAUCAAUUUAAUGGCAUCAGGAAUCAGUGCUGCAGUUACAGGCAGUACUCGUAUUGAUUUUUGUAGAUUUGUACCUAAUGAAGAUUAAUGUAAAUUAUAUUGUUCAGAAAAGUUAGUGUAAAAGUUAUGCAGAUAUUUGUAAAUAUAAACAACGAGGCUUCGCCUCGCCUUGCUACGUGGGGGAGGUGACUUCACUGCCUGUCAUCUGCUCCGUGUCCUCAGGCAAGUUCCCGGGCAACUCGUGAACACUCACACUCAUACACGUGUACUCGUACCGCUGUAUUAUAGCGAUGAUUGAAGAUGAAGUACAUGUACAUGUAUGUAUAUGCACUUAACAAAAGCACAAACAAGAGAGUUUGACAAUUGUUAUAGACCAUUUCAUCGCCAACCAAGAACGCUUAUUUCAUGAAGCCAUCUAGCAAUGCUCUUGAACUUUCUUUGAAACAACAAUGUUACAACAGUGCAUGCUUGUGCAUCUCUACAUUAAAACGACAUUCACCCUUAUUUGGUUAUGGGCUCUGUGAGCCAACAAAAGAGAGUCCUGAGGACGGUACACUCAGCGUGUAACUGGUUCACACGCGAAGUUUGCAUGACUGCACAAGUGGGCCAAAGCUAUUAGCUACAGCCUCUUCACUUAAGCGUCAGGCGUCAUCGGCGUGCAAAUAAGUUCGAAUUCAGCUUGCGAUGGUCUCCCAGACUAAUCCCCGCCCCCAAUAAUUUUGGACCAUUCCAAAUAUGCAGUGAAUGGACCAGGAACCAAUCUGGGUCUCUCACAACUCCCUUUUCUGACCGUUGAAGGGGUAUAGGUGGACGGAGCCCAUACUAAGCCACCCACAUGUAUCUGGCUAAAUUUACCAUAUGAUUUGUGAGAAGUGUGUUAUGUGAGGCUGUGAAAUAACUGAACUUGAUGAAGUGGUCUACAGCAAGAAUGUAAACUAUAGUCUGUUUUAGUAACCAACUUAGUUUUAUCCCGAUACUACAUUUAUUACUGGCUGAUAUUUCAGAAACCAUUCGGGCUUCAUGAUGCUGAAAUUCAUCAACAAAAAUAAAGAAACCUUCUAUUUUGACAUAGAAGGCCAGUGCCCUCUUUGCCUUCCAUGCAUUUUAUUAACACUCACCUAGCCUCAGCUUCUGAGCAGAGUUUUUUUAGAGAAUAAAAUAGUGGUGCAUGUAUAUUAAUUUAACAGAUAUUUUUGUAAUCUUCUUAUAUUGUACAGCUGAUCUGUUUUUUUUCUUCACUUGAAUGGAUUGUUGAGAAAGGGAUUUCUCAUUCUCAGAUUGUUUACUUCAUUGCCACUUACUUUGGCUAUGGUGUGAUUCACAUGUGUCUCUCCAUGGUCAACUUGUUAGACUAAUUUUUUAAAUCGUAAGACAAAAUAUAGAAACACAACUGUCAUGGGAGACAUAUAUAACUACAGCAUUUAUCCAAGAAUAAAUCUAUUUAUUAAUAUAAAUUUAGCCCAGACAAUGUUUUGCUCUUAAAAUGAAGGCUUUUAUCUAUAUAUUAAUAGUCUUUUCAAUGAGAUAUUAAUUUUUUUGUUUUCUCGAUUUUAACGGCAAAUUUGUUUUACAAACCUAGUGCCACUAAACUGGUACGACAGACCAACAUCCCAAAUGUCAAAAAAGGAGUUCUAGCGCCCCAGUUAGUGGGACUAUUGCAAACCAAUUGUCAGUUUUAACUUAAAAUUGUAAAAAAAAAUCUUUAUUAGUACACACGUAUUAUUAUUAUUUUGCUGAAAUUUGAAGUAACUUGAGAUGGUACAAAUUAAUAGUGUAGCUGAAAUUCCGGUGGCAUCAUUUUUCUAUGGGGAACAUGUGUUCAAAUUUGUCUUCUUUUUUUCAUUGUACAGUCAUUCAAAUAUGCCCUGACUUAGGUUCGCUAGUAAGGUAGGGCCAUAGUCUAUAUAUAGUUGUCUAGAGUCGUCCUGUUAUUAUCUGAUUAUGUCCGAAUGGGUGUGUUGAAAUGAAUUAACACAUAACUUCAAAAGUUAGCAUUUCGCUGUCAAGGUUUGACAUAUGUUCUUAUCGUGUGUCUUGUGUUGUUAUUAAUAUAAAGACAAAAGAAGUAGCUAUUUCUUUAUAACUUUGCGAUCAACAGAGGGCGCUCUUACAAAUUAUAAGCAGUUAAUUUGGCACCAAAAUGUAUUUAUUGGGAUGAAAUUAUGGAACAUAGAAAAAAAGGCGGCGAUUUCUUACACAUUUUGGUAGUCUUGGUUUCAAGACCUUCGUGUUUAUGUUUACCAAAAUUUCUAGAAAGAAUAUAUAGGUUUUCCCGGCCAAUUUCCUAAAAUGUUUAUUCGCUUCUGAAACUCAUUAAUUUUCGUCUGAAUUUGGGAAUCACUCUGAACAUGCGUGUAGCGAUUCCAUCUAAUCGAUGCAUUGUAGCAAGUCUAAUCCAUGUAUCCCAGCAUGCAUCACUCCUAACAUGGCCGCUCACUGUUCGUAACUGUUCGUACGUGAACUCGUGUUGUCGUCCAAUAAACCUGGAAUAGUUCCCAACAUAUCGGAGUCUAUAACUUUCUUCAUGGUGUCACCGCUGUCGGCGAUCUGGUGAAUCAAUCGCCGAAUAUUUAGCUGCACUACGUGCACUGGCCAGUGACUGCAAGUUUGGCCAAAACCUUGAUGAAAUGCUGAGAGACAGACUUGUGUGUGGCGUGCAGAAUGAACGCAUCCAGAAAUCCCUGCUUGCCCAACCAGAGGACAAACUUGACCUCAAGCGCACAGUGGAACUUGCACAAUCAAUGCAGCUCGCAGGUGAUCAGGCAAAGAUGUUGUCAGCCUCUACCAGCACAAUGGCUGAAUCAAAUACCACUGUCAACGCUUUCAAAAAGAAACAAGCUCAACGCCUAAACAGACCAACAUGGUCAAAUCAACGGCAGACAUCUGCACGCAGUAGUUCUACACAGCAGCAAAAGCCCAGAAAACCUUGUGGAAAUUGUGGAACUUUUCACAAGAGGCGCGAAUGCCCAGCCUAUGGCAAGACUUGCCACAAAUGUAACAAAAAGAAUCACUAUGCUGAUUACUGCAGAAGCAGCCGCCACGUCUACACAGUAAACCCCGAUUCAUACUCGGAGGAAGAUGAACCUGCCGUGGAUGAGCAAGAAUUAUUUUACGUUCGAGCCGUGGACAACACCAACUUGAACUUGAAACAUGACAUCCACGCUACGCUUGUGGUGAAUAACACACACGUUCCUGUCCAACUUGACACUGGUGCACGUUGUAACGUCCUGCCCAUGAAUGUUUACAACGUCAUCGCACCACCUAAGUCCAUUGAUAAUUCAAAGUCAACCAAGCUAAUCGCUUAUGGAGGAACCGAGCUCCACACAGUUGGACUAGCUACACUGCCAUGUCGCAUUGACUCAUCGCAGACUGAACACAAUAUUGACUUUCACAUUGUUGACACACAAGUGAAAGCUAUCCUCGGCUUAACCGAUUGCCUCCGUCUAGGCCUGCUGUCUGUCAAUAACUUGGUUUACCAUGUCUCCAAUGACACCACAUCGCCUCAAGUCUUCAAAGACUACGAAGACCUGUUUGACAGCUCGCUCGGGUCACUACCAGUCAUCUACACCAUGACCAUAGACCCCAAUGCUACGCCGGUUGUCCGACCCCCACGUCGCAUCCCUGCUGCAAUGCAAGACAAGGUCAAGUCCGAACUGCAACGGAUGACUACCUUAGGCGUGAUCACUCCAGUCUCCGAACCGACAGACUGGGUUUCCUCCAUGGUCGCGACUCAUAAGAAAAACAGCGAAGAAAUCCGCUUAUGCAUCGACCCUCGCGACCUUAACGGAGCACUGAAACGCCCACACCACCCUACCCGAACAGUAGAGGAAGUCGCUGCCAAGAUGGAUGGUGCGACAGUUUUCUCAGUGCUUGAUGCUAAAUGCUCGUUCUGGCAGAUCCCCUUGGAUUACGAAUCAUCACUGCUGACUACAUUCAGCACGCCAUAUGGCAGAUACCGCUAUCUUCGCAUGCCCUACGGCCUCUGUUCUGCCUCCGAUGUGUACCAGAGAACCAUGGAGCAGAUAUUCGCCGAUCUGCCAUGCUCCAUCAUCGUAGAUGACAUACUAGUUGGUGGACGCACUAAAGAGGAACAUGAUCGAAACCUCAAAACUGUCCUUGAUCGGAUACGCAAAAUCAACAUGCGCCUCAACCCCACAAAGUGCCGCUUCGGUCUUGAACAAGUCUCAUAUGUCGGUCACGUCUUCACCGCCAGUGGACUUAAGCCUGACCCAGCUAAAGUCAGUGCUAUCACCGACAUGCCUCCACCCACUGACGUUACUGCCCUACAACGCUUCCUUGGCAUGGUGACAUACCUGGCCAAGUUUGUACCCAACUUGAGCGACUUAACAGCCCCACUACGCGAGCUCACACAUAGUGACAUCCAUUGGUGCUGGCUAGAGCAACACAAUGCCGCAUUUCUAGCAAUCAAGGACAAGAUUGCUAAUGCGCCGACACUCAUGUACUUUGAUGUCCGCAAGCCAGUCACGUUGACCUGCGAUGCCUCCAAGUUUGGCCUUGGCACAGCCUGCCUACAAGAGGGUGCCCCUGUCGCGUAUGCUUCACGUACCAUGAGUGACACUGAACAACGCUACGCACAGAUUGAAAAAGAACUGCUUGCAGUUGUGUUUGCCUGCACCAAGUUCCACGACUACAUAUACGGUAAAGACAUCGUAGUCGAAACUGACCACCAACCAUUGGUCACCAUCGUCAAAAAGCCUCUGCUGAGUGCCCCUGCGCGGCUUCAACGCAUGCUUCUCCGGUUACAGAGGUAUAACAUCACCCUCGUGUACAAGAAAGGAAAAGAAUUGUUCCUUGCCGACACUUUGUCACGUGCACCCUUGACAACGACCGGUACUGAAACUGAUGACCUGCAAGUCAUGACCCUCCUGCCAAUCUCUGACAUGCGACUUGAACAGCUCAAGAAAGCAACUGCCUGUGACUCUGCCAUGCAACAGCUCACUGUUGUCAUCAGUCGCGGAUGGCCUUCGCAUAUCAACAAUGCCCCACCAAAGGCCCACCCCUACUUCGCGUUCAGAGAUGAACUGGCUCUCGACCGCGGUAUCAUCUUAAAGGGACAUAAGGCCAUCAUUCCCAAGUCACUACGCGCAGAAUACAUCCAAAUACUGCAUGAAGGUCACCCGGGCAUCGAGGCUACCAAACGCAGAGCCAGAGAUGUAGUUUACUGGCCAUCAAUGUGCCUUGAUAUCGAACAGUCCGUCUCUGGAUGCACAGUUUGCAACGCUACCAAAGCCCAUCAACAGAAAGAACCACUGAAAAGCUACCCCCCACCCAGCCUACCAUGGGAACACAUUGGAGUUGACCUAUUCCAUUGGAACGGUAUGGAUUACCUAGCCCUUGGUGACUCAUACUCCGGCUGGUUUGACUUCGCUUCACUCGACAACACCUGUGCCUCUACAGUCAUUGAGGUACUCAAGAGACAAUUUUCCAUCCAUGGAAUCCCCCGCAUCGUUAUCAGUGACAACGCGCGACAAUUUGAUUGCUUCGCCUUCAAACAAUUCGCACAGUCAUGGGGCUUCCAGCAUACAACCAGCAGUCCCCAUUUUCCCCAGUCCAAUGGCCUUGCAGAAAGCUCUGUCAAGCGCGCCAAACAACUCCUCGAGAAGACAAAACGCGACGGUUCAGACCUCUACCGAAACCUGCUGAACAUUCGCAAUGUCCCAACCAACCCCCAGCUUGGCUCACCUUCCCAACGUCUCAUGUCACGGCGUCUUCGCACAACCAUCCCUACCCCGACGCCACUCCUUAAACCCGCCAUUUACACACGCGUCACAGCACAGUUACGCAAGAGGCAACAGCAACAGAAGUCUACAUACGACAAAUCAGCCAAGCCCCUCCGACCACUGAAACCAGGGCAAGUUGUUCGUCUACAAUCACCCAAAGGGCACGACCAGCUUGGAAUUGUCCAAAAGCAUUCCAGAAACCCCAGAUCGUACAUCGUCAAUGCCCAAGGCACACUCUACCGCCGCAAUCGGAGACACUUAUUGCCAGUCCCUGAACCACCUCCACAGCAACAACACUCACCUGACUUCUACUUACCGCCACAGGAUCCACUGCCUCAGCCUGCCAUCCCCCACGCACCUCCACCACAGCCAGUUCUCACUCGCUCCGGUCGCAUCUCGAAGCCAAAUCCUAAAUACAUGUACACUUAACAGUUUUGUGUGACUGUUAUUGCUUUGCCCGCACUGGAUUUGUGUUGUUGAUCCAAAUUUUAAGCUGAUAACUUUGGACUGUCCCCGACUACUGGACUGUUAGUAACUCCAUUUGCCUACUCAACAUGUGUUAUGUGUUGUACACUACAGAGAUGAGGGCAGAAUAAUCCCUUGUACACACAUCGAGUACUGAGGGCAUUUGAGUUUUGUUUUUGUUUUUUUUACUAUAUUAUUGGUUUAACCCUCUGUUUGUUUUUUAGAGGAAAGGAUAGUAAUUGUUUAUCUUGGUACAUUUACAUAACCAGUGUGUUUUUUAAAUAUUCAUUAAGUGUUUUCAAAUCAGUGAAAUACUCGGACUUUAAAUUACCAGACUCCAGUUUACAAAUUCACUGAUCAAACAAAUGUUUAUUUCAUAAAGCUGUUUUAUUCAAAAUGUUAAAACUAAACUUAGAAGAGAGGAUGUAGCGAUUCCCAUCUAAUCGAUGCAUUGUAGCAAGUCUAAUCCAUGUAUCCCAGCAUGCAUCACUCCUAACAUGGCCGCUCACUGUUCGUACGUGAACUCGUGUUGUCCAAUAAACCUGGAAUAGUUCCCAACA